UACAGGAGUGUAUAAAAGCCAAGAAGCUCGUCUAAUGCUCCACAUAUAUCUCAUUAAAGCACCCUCCCACACAUCUGUGAGCAAGCUGAAAGAGGAAAAAUGGGCUAUGGAUGGUUUUGUUUGCUGAACCUGAUGGAGCAACAUAUGUUUUUCAAGGCUUCAUCCAGGGUAAAGAUUAUGGACAAUUUGGACUUCAAAGAUUAGGUCUUAACAUGUCUGAAGGUUCAAAUUCUUCUAACCAACCACAUGGUACAAAUAGUAGUUCAGUGGCCAUUGCUAUCCUUGUGCCUUUCUUUGCCCUUAUAUUUGCUGGUUUUGGCUUCUAUCUUUAUAAACAAAGGACUGCCCCUAAAACACAGUAUACAGGAUGCUCUGUACAUGAAAAUAAUAACGGACAAGCUGCUUUUGAAAACCCCAUGUAUGACACAAAUGCAAAGUCUGUGGAAGGGAAAGCAGUACGAUUUGACCCCAACUUGAACACCGUUUGCACAAUGGUAUAGUGUGGUAAUGAUAUGUCCUUAAAGUCUGGAAAUUGACACACAACACAGUGCACACAGAGUUCACUGAUUUAAAAAUAAAAAAAAAAAAAGAAAGAAAAAAAAUAAAGCACACUUUUCAGGAUAUAGUGGGUCACCUUUUCCUGAGGAUGAUAGACAAGAAUGGGUUGUGGUUACUUUGUUUUGACUUUGUUUUUCAUAAACUGGAUCAGAAUUCUUCUUCGUGUCUAGCAUGGAGAGUUUUAAAAAAAAUUUGCUGCACUCCAUGAGUGCUACUCACAGUUUAUUUGCUUUUUUAAAAAAGGAGGUUAUUCUAAAACAUAAAACAUAUUUGCAUAUAUUGGAGGAGCAUCCACUAUCAGUAUUUCUGUGCUUUAUAAAAACUAUAAUAGAGGGACUGGGUUAAAAAAAAAAGAUAUAGGUAGAAAAUAAGAGCUAUACUUACAGGAGACAAUAGGUCACUGACUUCUCUUUAACAGUCAUAUGCUACAUCUUUCUCAUGAGUUUGUAACGUUUUUUUCAUUUAUUCAUCCCGUUUAGUAUUUUUUUUCAGUUAUUUUUUCAAGUCCAGGAUGUAGUAUUUAGAAAUCAGCAAGUACAAUUUACUCUUUUCAUGUCACAGAAGAAAAAUUAAAGUGUCACGUUCUUGUUUAAUGAAUUUCCUUCCCUGUGUCACAUCUUACUUCCUUUU